AUUAGUCUAAACUAGAAACGAUAACGAUUUCAACGAAGAUAGUCAGCUUAGCAUAUCUUUUUUUUAUAAAACAAUACAUUCUCACGAAGAGCACAAAAUAUUUUAAGUACCAAAUAUUUGAAUUGAAUGAAAGACAUGUUGACAACUCCCCCACUAAUUCUAACUUACAUGAAAAUGACCAUUCUUAGUUAACUUCCAUUCCCUCCAUUUCUUUCAACCCCCUUUAAAUUCAUCCCUUCAUGUCUUCCUUUCCUAUGUUCAAUUUUCGCUUAACUCGAGCCCUUUGAUUAGAGAAAGAGAGCGCGUGUUUAAGAAACUCGAAUAUUUCUAUGGAGAUACAAUUCCAACAAGACUUCAUUGGUCAAAUGGGAGGGAAAAGUGUGAUACCAAUAAACAAAGUCACAAAGCUCAAAGGAAAAUCAAAGAAAUCAUCAAGUAGCGCGAAUAGAAGCAAUAAAUUUGUAGGGGUAAGGCAAAGGCCGAGUGGGAGAUGGGUGGCCGAGAUCAAAGAUACAACCCAAAAGAUAAGAAUGUGGCUAGGCACCUUUGAGACCGCGGAGGCAGCUGCUCGUGCCUACGAUGAAGCAGCCUGCCUGCUUCGAGGGUCAAACACUCGAACCAAUUUUGUUGUCACUCAUGUUUCUCCUAACUCCCCUGUUGCAUCUAGGAUUAAAAACCUCCUCAAAAACAAAAAACUAGAGUCCCAAAAAUCAAGCAAUGUUGAUGAUCAUCAAGUUGAUAAUACUUUAGUUACACCCUUAACUACCAAUUCGGUUGCAUUUCCCUCAAGCACUACUAACACCGCCUUUUCAGACCCUUUUAACUUAGCUAGUACUAAUAGUAGUACAGCCCAAUUUCAGGAUAAUUUUGGGUAUAAAAAUCUUGAUAAUUUUGUUGCACAAACACAAGGUUUACAUCAAAAUAGGGUGUAUAAUGGUGAUGUAUAUAGGCCUCAAAUGAAUGGGUUUGUUGGAAACUACGAGCUAGUUGAUUACUCGACAUUAUUCCAAUGUGGUAACCCUGGAGGUUGUGACAUAAAUUCUAGCUUGCUAAAGCUACCUCUAAGUCUAAGCUGCCAAAACCAAAGCCAAGAGACGUCGGAGAUGCCUAAAAAUGUAGCACUUCCACAAGAAAUGGGCGUGGAAUUGUUUGAGAUGGAGAAGAUUAAAAUGGAGAAGGAUGUCUCAGCAUCCUACUACAACGUGAGUAGUAAUGGACUACACGAGUUCAUCGAUUUUGUACAUGAUCCUAUUGAAUCCCUUUGGGAUCUUCCUCCACUUUAUUCAUCUUUUUGCUCAAUUUGAUAGUCCAUUUUCGCCUUUUUGUUCAUGCCUUCCUUGGUUGAUUAGCCAAAACACCUCAACUUUGCUAGUUGAGAGGGGUGAAAGCCAAAAGAGUUAAAAGAAAACACUCUUUGGCUUUGAUCUUAUCAAUCUUGUUUUAGUUUUUUUUUUUUUUUUUCUUACCUAUUUUGGUCUUGGUUAAGUAUUAGGAAUGGAUCAACUUUAAGCUUGUUGGAAAUUUAUUGACGAGGAGUUUUAAGAGAGAUGGAAUUUGUCCUCUCCUAAUCUCUUGCGUGAUUGUAUUGUAUCUACAUAUGUAUACACAUUUUCAUACUUGUGUACUCUAUAAUAAUUAAUGUCAAUGAUGAAAGGGUUACAUAAAUGGUUUAUUCAUUAGUUCAUUGUAUUAGCAAGUCCUUUAUUCUUUUUUGUAAUUGUAAUUCGAUCCCAUGCUUUGCUUUAAAAAUUAAAAAGGAUUUGAUGUACAACAAAAGUGCAUCUUAGUUUUUAGAGGCAUGAUGUACAAAUCACACUUUAUAGUUAAUUAAGCGUGUUUGGUUGGUAUUAGUCUUGAAACAAGAACGAGUGGCCUCCUUGGUUGUUGGGUGCUACAUAAACUAUUGGUUUCUUAUCAGGGACUUUACAAGCCUAAUUGACUAAGACUGAGUUUGAACCAAAUCUUCUAGGAAAUAACUUUGAGUAAUCAAGCUCGAGCCAAAACUCAAACUUUUUCAAACAUUAAUCUCAACUCUCAAGUUCACUUACCUUGAAAUCUCCACUUGAGUAAAAUUGAUUAAAGCUUAAUACGAAGUAUAUAACAGCAAUUUCAUAUUUAAAAAUUUGUUGUUUACUUUUAUUAUCAUACCCAUACUACUACGAAGGAAAAAAAAAGAAAAGAAAGAAGAAGACGUGUGUCAACUAACUAUAAAUGACUUUAUAAGGAAGGUGUGACAAGACUACUAACAACUAAACUGAGACAAAGAGAGUAUUGAUUCACAUUAAAGUUCAUAUUAUGUAAGAUACAAUAGUAAAAAAAAAUGUCGAGCCUAACACACAAAC